CGUUCCUCGUGCAGUUCAGAAGCUUUAUUUACAUGUGAAGUCAUUGUUGGGAGGGACAGCAACGUGUGGCGUUUGGCAAGAGAGAAGAGCACCUCUGUGAUUGUUUAGUUUUCAUUAGUGCUGCUUGGAAUGCAGCUGGGGAGGUGGAGGGGGGUCUUGUAUGCAGCGGCGGACUUUACCAUCAGGCAAGGGCUGCAUUACACCCGCACCCUUCAUCGCCAAUUGCGCAUAAUGGAAAAGCUGUCCAGACAGGACGGAUGGAUAGCAAGAUAAAGUGUGGGCAGGAUGUGAUGGAGGAGUGUCCUGGCUUAGCUGAAUCAUGUUUUACGAGGGAUCCAAAGUGAUGACUUGUGUCUUUUGGUUCAGCAAUCAAAAAACCCAAAGACAUAGAAGAUCAUAAAAAAUGGAGAACGGGGACACCUGCAGCCUGAAGGAACAAAAGAUGAUUGAUGCUAACACAAUAUGGCAGUGGCGCAUCAUGCUUGUAAAGAAAUAUUCGAAAAAUCCAGACCCAUUCUAUCAUUGCAAUAAAAUAGGAUUAGAUUUUAAUGUUGGAUCCAGCACACAGAAAAAACUGGACUUAAAGUUGUUGACAAAUGGUGUCAUACUUGAGGUCUGUGACUUUGCUAAAACGGUUAAUAAAAGUAAAGAGCAUCUGAUCCCAAACGUUCUGGAGAACAAGUUUGAUCUUCGAUUGGAAAGCGAACAAAUAUUAACAACUCGAUUUCGUCUCAAAAUCAGAGACCUAAUCAAAAAACCGCCCAAAGAUGAACGAGAAGCUUUUCCUUACUUUGACACCUCAUCUAAUCCAGAACUUAACAGCAACAGCAGAAAUGGACUGAACAUGGCAUCUACAGAAUGUAAGACUGAAGGACACUUGGUGGAAGUGGAUGACAAUGAUGAUAGUGAACAAGAAGACAAAUCCAAGUGUUCACACGCACCAUCUAAGAAAUACAAAAAAACAGAAAGUCUCUCAGAGGAGAUAGAUGGACUACAUGCUGCUGACAAUGAACUUGAGGAUGAAUUAAAGUCCUCAGGUGAACAGUCAACAGAGGAAAUCAGAGAUGAUGUUCCUCCCUCCUCAUUCCCUUAUUGUGAAGAAAUUGGUCUGAACCUCGAUGCUGGAUCAAAACAAAGUCUAGAUCCAGGUUUAUUGACAAAGGGUGUGAUGUUAGAACUGCUACAUCUCCGUAAAGCAGUGACUGCAUUCUAUAGCCCUAUUGUUCUGGCUGUGUUGGAGCAUAAUUUUGAACUUGACAUAAAAAGUAUAAAGGCAAAAAAUCAAAUUUGGUUUAAGAUAUCACACCUGCUGAGAAGGAGCAACGCCAAUGCUGUCAAAAACAGCCAAGAGUUUAAAAAUGAGCCAUUUACCUUUGAGACAAACCCCAUGAAAGUGCACAGAAAAGUGCAGACAAAUGCGCUGUCUAAUAUGAGAGUCCCACUAUAUGAAUUUAAGGAAGUAACAAAACGAAGGCAGUCUGAUUUAAAAAGUAAACAAAAAAAGAGGGCUCUUUUAACAACAAAUGAACAGGUAACCAAGAGGUGCAGAAGUGGACAGUCUGAACACAUGGAGACAAAUAACCAUCAAAUAUUGAAUGGCCAUGGCUACACAUGUCCUCUAGGAGAGUCUGAUCUAGACUCAGACAAAGUCACAGAUUCAGGAAACGCUGGCAAUCAGGAUCACUCACAAAACUCAACAAGAUGUUCAAUGUUGAGUCCCGACAUACCUAGAAAAUCAAGUUAUCUGGGUACUCAUGAGCCUUUCCUCACCACCACUGAUGGUUCAUCCAGUUUACCAAUCGUAAACUCAAGUGCGAACCCACUGUUUGCAAGUUAUCCUGACAAAAGAGAGCCAUGUAGAGGUGAAGAGCAAACACAGAAUCCAAGAAAUAUAAUAAAGAAAUGCGACUUGGAACAAGAGGAAAUGGAAACUGAGAAUGACAUGUGGAAGUUGCGUGCCAACCGCGUUAAACAAAUUCUAUCCGCACUAGACCGUUCAUUGCAGUGGUCCAAGAAAGUUGGCCUGGAUUUCAAUGUUGGAUUUGGCCCAAAGCAAAACCUCAGUGUUGAAUCUUUGACUAAUUCUAUUCUGCUUGAAGUUGCUAAAUUUGCCUUGGCGAUGAAUUCAUCCCAACAGGAUUUCAUCAUGGAGAUUCUUGAGUACAACUUUGACCUCGAGAUACAGAGUAAAUACCUUAGGAGUACUUUUGAGCAUGAAAUUAUGACUGCAGUGAGACAGCUGAAAGGUUGUGAAGAUGCUGUCAGAUUCUCAAAAGAGGUCUUUGAACUUCCACGUCCCAUGUUAUCAUUUAUAAUGGCAAAUCAGAGCACAGACAGUGUAUCAAGGAUGGACUGUGACACCCCAGGUUCACAUGCUGAAACUAAAGAGCAUAUUUCCCAGAAAAGCGAGAACCUUCAUCCUUUCUGCAAGGAAAUAGGUCUGAGGCUACACAUGAACAAUCACAAACCAAAUGAAAAACUGGACAUAAGAAAACUGACCAAAGGAGCAGUGACUGAAGUGACGAACUUUGCAGAAAAGUUGUGUGGUACAUUUGAGCAGAUAUGUCUUGAUAUCCUCAUACACAACUUUGAUUUUGAAUUGCAAAGUGGAGAUUCUGACCUUGCCAGAGACAUUGUUGUGCAAAUUCCUUUUGUAAAGGAUCAGAGGAAUCUGUCAAAUUGCGCACAAUCUUACAGAAAAUUGAAGCGCUUUAAAAAAGAUUUCCCAGUAAUGACAAAACUGGAUUGUCAGAACAACCCCAGUUUAGAUGCAUGUACUACUGGAUCUUCCCAGGCCUCAGAUUUAGACCGAAAUGUAGGCAGUUCCAUUGACAUUGAUCAACAAAGUGAAGACAAUAAAAAUCUGUGGAAAUUGCGUACUGAUCGUGUCCAGCGCAUUUUCUCAAUGCCUCAUGAAGAACACUGCCCACUGUAUUCUUACUCAAGAUGCAAGAAAUUAGGCAUUGAUUUCAAUUUAGGAUCUGGAGUAAAACAAAACCUUGAUCCAAAUUUACUGACCAAUGGUGUCAUGGUUGAAGUUUACACUUUUGCUACAGCACUGCAGUCAGCUCGAAAGCAUUUCAUUACAGAUAUACUGGAGUAUAAUUUCCAUCUUAAUUUGAAGGAUGAGCUGUAUCGUGUUGCCUUUGCACAGAAAAUUCAGACAAAAAUCAGAGUAAUGAAUUUAUCUCGAAAAUCUAGCACCCCUCGAAUGAAAAUGCCCUUUGAACUCCCUGACUCGAGGUGCAUGGAAGAGUCGCAUCAUGCUAGAACUACAGUCUGCCCCAAAUGCUACCAAGACAGAAAUGAUGAUGAAAGGCUUCAUCAGGAUGAAUCUGACCCGGAUCACAUGCAUCAUCCUCAUCCAAAUGCCAUGACUGAUGCAAUCUCUGCUAGUGCAAACUGUUUGGCACAAAAGCCAACAAAUGAUCCGUCCACUGCCUUCCCAAUGAUGGAGGAAACAAUCAUGCAGAGUUACCCUAGUUGCAAGAAAAUAGGUUUAAGCCUGUGUGUGAACAAGGACCAGCCAAAGGACAAGCUUAGCACCCAUGUACUGACACUGGGGAUUAUGAAUGAAGUGGCUCAUUUUGCCCAAAAAUUGUGUGGGGUAUCAAAAAAUAAGAUCAUAAAUGAGGUUCUUGAACACAAUUUCAACUUUGGCUUCCAGAACAGAGACAUAAAUCCUGCACUGCAGUUCUGCAGAAUGAUGACACAAACCAACAGAGGGCUUUCUUGGUUCAGUGAAGUUUUUGUCGUUCAGCCAUGUUCUCACAGAGUCCCUGGAGAUGUGAGUAAACUGAAAGAGGUAUCUGCCAUGCAGAAAACUGAAAGGAAGGAAACAACCAAAAAAAGAAAGCUAGCACUGCAAACAAAGAAGGAAAGAGCCUCACUACUAAGUCAAAAUAAGCGUGUUGUAAAAACAAGGAAACAUGUUCAGGAUAGAAGACCGCGCUUUCCAGUUUGCAAGGAAAUAGGUCUGGACCUUGAUGUGACAUUAAAAUCAGAGGACAAAGAAAAACUGGACUUGAAGCUAUUGACCAGAGCUGUAGUGUAUGAAAUACAUAAAUUUGCAGCUAAGAGAGCACGACAGUAUUUCCCACGCACUGUGUUUGACAUCCUUGACUACAACUUUGAUCUUAGUUCACAACAUUACAGGCGCUGGGAAUUUUCCAUAGCUGUUGCAUCCCAAAUCAAAACCAUGGUCAAACAAUAUUGGAAAAAGCUAGACAGAGCACAGGAGGUCUUUGAAUUGCCAUUUGUGUUUGAUCCCAAAGCUUCACAAAGGUUCGUAAAAGAGAGACAAAAUAAGAAAAGUGCAAACACUCCCCUGGAAGAACCAAACAAGAAAACAAAUGAACAGGGUAGAUUCGUGAGACAAAUGAGAUACUGUCCAAAUAUCAAUCGCAUCCGUUUUCUCGAUAAUUUCAAAAUUGAGGCACCUUGGUUUGAUGAGGACACAAAAUCCCUAACAGAUUCUGAUGCCAUAAUGCAGGUGAAUGGGAGUACAUGCAGUGCAGGUUGUGACAGUCAUAUCCAGGGUAACAUGCAGAUUAAAGUGGAGGGAUAUGGUACACAUUAUGGCGAUAUGAAACCAGAACCAGACAAUGAGGAAAAACAUCAUCCACAUGUCAAACCAGAGUCAAAUACUGAAGAUGUCAAGUAUUUAGUCUCAGGUGACCCUGCAGGGUCCCUUGGAUAUACUUUAACUGUAUGUCCGAACUCUGAAAGCAAUAUCAAAACAGAAUUGGACACUGAUGACGUCCAGUAUUACAUCCUGGCUGAACCACAAGGACCUGAAGGAUACACUAUGCUAGCUGUAUGCCCAAACACUGAGGGUAGCUUCAAAACUGAAUCAUACACUGAGGAUGUUGAGUAUUUAGUCACAGUUGAAGGACCAGGAUCCCCAGAAUACUCUGUGAUAACCAUAUGUCAGGACACUGAGAAUGCAUUGAUCAAAGAAGAGCAAGAAAAUGUGCCAGCUGACUCGUACAUUCAGAUGGUGGUGUCUGAUUUACGUCAGGGAGUUGCGUCAUACACAGAAAAUGAAGUGGACAUUAAACAGGAAUGAUGUCAUUUAAUGCUGCAGGAAUGUAUAAGUGUGCAAUCUUAAACAAGAAAUAGAGGUGUGGGAGCCUGAAAUACAACAAAAAGAUGGAUGUGAUUCACUACAUCCAAUUGUAUGCUUGGAAGCUUCAACCAAUAAAGGCUUAAGAGCCAGGGUUGGAAAUGUUUUAAAUUUAUCUCUUCUUUUUUUUAUGGUCAGCUGUGGUUUGGAUUUGUAUGAUGAGUAAACUUUGUGGAUUUAACCAUUGAAGACAUUACAUUUUUUUUAAAAAAGUGUAUUUUUACCUGUACCAUUCUAUUUUUAUUGGUGCCUUUUCUGACCUAAUUUGUAGUCAUGUAUGUGUAUUUUUUAUGUUUUUAAAGAACAGCUUACUGACCAUGAAAAUGAACAGGUUUUGUUUAUUACAAAAUAUGUGGUGAUUUCUUUCUUACCUGUUAUGGUAAAUGAGUGUCUGUAAUAGAAUUAUUUUUAUACACUUUAUGAUACACUGGGUACAUGACCUGGAUCUUGAUGGACUACUAUAUUGUUCUUUGCUGCUUUAGUACAUUUUAUAUAAAGUUUUGAAAACA